GAUAUGUACUAUAUCCAGAGCUAAAAGCACAAUUCAAAACUAAUAAGCAACAUCUAAUGGAAGGAACGGAUCCUCACCGCCUGCGAGCCUUGUGAUCUGCCCGACUCUCUUAAUGUGUUUGGUACCAUAGUUGUUGAUAACAGCUACUUGAUGGCCUGAAUAGCUGUCGUAGCUUUCGUAGCCUCGCACAACCAUUACAACUUUCAAACACUAUCCUUGUUUUUCCGUAGACAACUCUUUCCAUUAUACAACAACUUUCAGACCCGAUCUCUGUUUUUCUGCAAACAACUUCCUUCCAAAACACCACAACCACGACCUUCAGGCCCGAUUUCUGUUGUGCCGAUAACAGCUACUCGAUGACCCAAAUAGCCUCGGCCGCUUCUUAGCCUCAGACAAUAACCACAACCUUCAGACCGGUCUCUGUUUCUCCACAAACAACUCCCUACGAACAAACAUCCUUUUUCGAGAUGGCAUACCAACCGGCUAGACUCGCUCCCCGAAAGAGUGGCUCAGUCCAAGAAGCAUUCAGAUUUCUCGAUCUCUUCUCAGAGAUUCGGAAUAAAGUCUAUAGUCUGGCCCUUGAUCACGAACACCCUGUCUCGAUUAAAAGUCCUCGCAACCACCGGAAGAAAACCACGGCUCCAGCAACAGCCUUUGCAUGCUUACUCCGUGUCAACAAGCAGGUCAACAAGGAGGCCAAAGGCGUAUUUUAUGCGGAGAAUACGUUUGUGGUCGGUAACGGCUGGUGGGGAUCGAAGACGCAGGAGAAUCAUCAGGCUUUCAUCAGCAGGGUCCCGAAGGAAUGCAUCUCUCUGAUCAGACAUGUUCAUAUCAUCAUGUUUGCAGGAGAACCCGACAACUUUGGCCGGUGCUUGGCUAAGGAGAGAGACACCAAAGAGCUGAAGGGGUUGGGCACGUCUCUUGUGAAGCAUUUCUCCGGUAUCGAGAUGAUAUCUUUGACUGUUGGUGAUGAGACAAGCCGCCAAAAUCCGCAUACCAAUUCGGUAGCCAACUUGAUGCCCGGUAUUCUGAGAAGAACAUUGGUCGGGGACGUUCAGGGGUUAGCAUGGGAAGUCCGGACGAUACUGGAUGGGCUCGCGGCUAAGAAGUUGAAGGAGAUCCGAUGGCUAGAAGACGGAAUGACGUUUGCCGAGUUCAGCAGUUUGGUGCAACAUGAGGAGCUUAAGGUCGAGAUGAAGUUGCUCGAAUGGAAGGAUGAGGUGUACGUAAAGUCCGCGAGAGGCUCUCAAAGUAACCCAAUUUGUCUGUAG